AUCCACAGGUGAAUUUCCUGACGUCAUACAGGAAGUGAAUAGAGGGACGUUGGAGUUUCUGCUCGUUUGUUGUUGAUCAGUGUGUCGAAAAAUUACGGUCUGUGAUUUAUUGAAAGGGAAACGUCUGAUACAGCAGAGAGAUGUGCACUUUUGAUAAGGACAAAGGGCCAAGGAGGCUGAUGAAAAAGGGAUUAACUCUCAUCCUGGUCGGCCAUAUUAAUUUCAUCCUUGGAGCUAUUGUCCAUGGCAACGUUCUCCGCCACAUUUCCAAACCCAGCCAGCAUAUCACCACUGAAUACACUGCAGCCAACAUCAUUUCCGUCACCUCUGGCCUGCUGAGCAUUGCCACUGGGAUUAUUUCCAUCGUGGUGUCAAGGAACCUUCAUGUGUCAAAACUGCAAAUAGGACUUCUAAUUGCAUCAUUCCUGAAUGCCCUGCUCUCAGCAGCAUGCUGCACUGGGCUCAUCUUGGCUAUUAGUGUCACUGUUGCCCACAAUGGGCAGGGCUUGAUGCUGGGAUGCAAUGAUACACAGGUGCCCAUCAACGCUCGGUCACCUGUCAGUGUCAGAUGCCCAUUUGAUACAACACGAAUCUAUGACACCACCCUGGCGCUGUGGAUCCCUUGUGCUGUAUUGGCAGCGUUUGAGGCUGGACUGUCUGUCUGGUGCUUCAUUGUUGGAUUGACUCUCAGAGGGCUGGCCCCCUGUGGGAACAGCUACAUCAAAGAGCAGUUGGAGGAAGAAGCUCAGUGCUCUCCCCACAGCCGACACCUGAUUGAACAGCGCACUGAUGCAUAACUGAACAAAAUGCAGGAAGGACACCACUCCAUGUAGACAAGCACAGCUAAAUCCCAAAAGCCAUUGCUGCACCUCUUUUCAGACUAGUCAAUUUUUCCCUAUAAGUCAGCUAGGUAAGUGUCACUGUGGAACAACAGUGAAAUCAGUUGAAGAAACUGCUUCUUGCUUUGCUGUUUCAUAUAGCCACAUAACCUGAUUCACAGAUGGGCACCAAAUGGCUCUAUGCUUACAUUUACUAACAAAACUGUAUGUCUUGUCUGAAGCUGUGAGCAGUAUACAGUUGGGUUAGAGUCAGCGUCCGUACCUGAUGAAACCCAUCGAUGGUAACCGUUUCAGCAGGUGCAGAUUCUUUUGUGCAGAUAUUGGGAUUCAGUGUUCAAAUGAAUGUGUGGAAGCUACAUUGAGAUGGAAAUCUGAAUCCAUCCAUUUGGGAUCACCAAAUAUGUCACGCUAAGAAAUGUAUUUCAAUAUGAUGAAACCUAUUUUUCUAUCUAACAAAAUUACGUUUUUGAUUAGAUUAGUUUUAUCUUAAUUAAGGUGUAUUUUUGCUUGUAUGAACUCUAAUUUCAUCAAAAUGUAUUUUAUUGUUCUAAAUGCUUUUCAUUUUUUAAUCCACUCCAACCAUACUCGUCAGUGUUUGCCUACAUACAAAGUUAAUGCCCACAAAUAACUUUGUUUCAUGCUAUUUUUUUAUGCGCAUUGGUAAAUUGUAAUAUUGAGUCAUAUGAUGUAAACUGUGUGAUGUGUUUGCUCUAAAAUUCCAAUUAUCUUUAAAACUAUGGAGAAACUAUGGAGGCUUCAAAUUAAAUUGGACAUGCUAAAUUUCACUUCUUGAAAAUAGUUUGUACUAUUAGAUAAUUAUAAGGACUACUGCAGUUAGUGAAAUAUUCAUAAGAGUUUCCACUGUGGCUAAAUGCUGUAGGUAAAUAAUUGACUAGUUGAACACACCAAACAUACAGCAACUGUACCUUUGCACAUCCACGAACACAACCAUUUGCUGAUUAGCUCGAAUAGCAUUGUGUGGCUCGGUCCGAGCCCUUAUUGUUUCCCUUUUAGAGAUCCAGGGCUGUGUACAAACACCGGAUUUCAGCAACUACACAGAAGAGACAACUGGUGGAUCAUGACGAGAUAUUCGUUGAAUUACAAUUUUUUUUUUAUUGGAUUAGCUUUCUCCAGAAUUGCAUACCCCACAUUUAAAGUUCAGAUUACUAAAAUGCAGUUGCAUGGGCCUAUUAAAAGGAUGUUUUAGGAAAGAUGCACUGAAUUGCAUAUAAUCCUGGCUGUGUAAGUAUUGAGUGCAUUUGUGUAUGUACAGUAUAAUGUGGUUGAAUGUCAAGUGGGGUUAUACCAAGAGGUUAAACCAGAAUGUGGGCCAGCUGGCACAGACCUCCCACAACUCAACGACAGAGAAGAUCAGAUCAGCCAUGAAACGGUUAAUCUAGGGCUGUGCUCAAUUGUGUGGAAGGGAAUCAAAGCACGCAGUACUAAUCCUGAGGCUGAAAGGGAUAAAUAUUGACACACAGUAGGCUGAGACCAUCUCAGUCAGUUUGGCGUUGAUGUCGCACUGUAGACUGAUGACAUUUGUAUUUUGAAUCACAAGAUGAAUAUGAGUUAAGAGUAUAUAUGUGCGGUAAGGUAGAUAAGAUUUUUGUGAUAUCAGAAAUCACAAAUUUACUGAAUUGAAGUAAAGUCGUAGUUUGUAAUAUUGUAAUGAUGUGUUGGCAUUUUCGUUUCCUGUGACGUAAUGGAGCUCCCAUGGCUGAGGUUUAUGAAGAAUGCAAUCCAUUUCUGACUUUAGCACAUUUCAUAUUUUUUUUCAAUAACUGACCGUCUACAAUAACAUUACCAAAUCACUAUAUGUAAAAGGGCGUUCAUUAUUACUGAGAUGAUCGGGAUAAAAUGAGUGUAGUUAUUUUCUUGAAAUUGAUUGAAUUGACUUCUGCUCUCUGCUCUGUGACUGAAUGUAAUGGAUCCAGAGAAAAGAAAAUGUGGCAAUUAAUAAACAUGCAUUGAUUUGAA